CACUAGAGCCCCACCCAGGCGUCACCUCCCCUUCCCUGUGCCGCCCCCGUCAGUCCUUCCGUGCCCCUCAGCCUGGCUGCUCUCCUGCAGAGCCCCUCUGCCUCCCCGCGGCCUUCCCUUACCACUCGCCCGAGCCGCUCGACGGCCGGCCGAGGCGCAGCCUCUGCUUCUCCUGGAGCCGCCUUGGCGGGAACUGCAGGUGCCGCCAUCAUGUCUUCUACAAAUUCUGAGACUCCAAACUCAACCAUCUCCAGAGAGGCCAGUACUCAGUCCUCAUCAGCUUCCACCAGCCAAGGCUAUGUUUUACCGGAAGGCAAAAUCAUGCCAAACACCAUUUUUGUUGGAGGGAUUGAUAUUAGGAUGGAUGAAAGUGAGAUCAGAAGCUUCUUUGCUAGAUAUGGUUCAGUGAAAGAAGUGAAGAUAAUCACAGAUCGAACUGGUGUAUCCAAAGGCUAUGGAUUUGUUUCAUUUUAUAAUGACGUGGAUGUGCAGAAGAUAGUAGAAUCACAGAUAAAUUUCCAUGGUAAAAAGCUGAAACUGGGCCCUGCAAUCAGGAAACAAAAUUUAUGUGCUUAUCAUGUGCAGCCACGUUCUUUGAUUUUUAAUCCUCCUCCACCACCACAGUUUCAGAGUGUUUGGACUAAUCCAAACACUGAAACUUAUGUACAGCCUCCAACCGUGAUGAGUCCUAUAACUCAGUAUGUUCAGAAAUCUACCCUGUUCAAGCCUGAUUGCCAGUGUAAGAAUGAACUUUUGAGUAGGGAUGAAUAUACUAAUAAGGCAUAUCCUCCUUAUCCAAAUUCACCAGUUCAGGUCAUCACUGGUUAUCAACUACCUGUUUAUAACUAUCAGAUGCCACCACAAUGGCCUGCUGGGGAACAAAGGAGUUACGUUAUACCUCCGGCUUACACAACUGUUAACUACCACUAUAAUGAAGUUGAUCCAGGAGCUGAGGUUUUGCCAAAUGAAUGCUCAGUUCACGAAGCUACUUCAUCCUCUGGAAAUGGCCCACAGAAGAAAUCUGUGGACCGGAGCAUUCAGACAGUGGUAUCUUGUCUGUUUAAUCCAGAGAAUAGACUGAGAAAUACUCUUGUUACUCAAGAUGACUACUUCAAGGAUAAAAGAGUGCAUCACUUCAGAAGAAGUCGCACAGUGCUUAAAUCUGAUCAUCUCUGCUAACUUCCUAGUUUCAGGAAGUUGCUGGUUUUGAAUAUUAAGAAGCUACUGAAAGUUUUUCACUGCUAUAGAAAUUUAAUUCUGAAUUUUUUGACAAAUCACAUUCAGACAAGUUACAUUAGAUGUCUAGUUUUAUUUAACGUUGAAACUGUUCGUCAGACGUUUAUUUAGAAACUCGUUCUGUGUUCAAUACAUAGUUGAAAAUAAAAAGUAAUUGAAGUAAAAAUAUUUCAAAUUAAAAAAUAGUUGAAAGGAAUAACUUAAGAUUAAACUGUAAGGAUUUUUUAAAAUUGAAAUAGGCAUCUUCAGAGUUUAGAAGCUAAUAGUUGGCUGGGGAUUUAGCUUAGCAGCCUGCCUCACAAGUGCAAGGUCCCGAGUUCGAUCUUUGGUUUAAAAAAAAAAAAAAAAAAAAAAGCUGAUACUUAUUUUCAAAAAAUUGUUUUAAAAAUCUGUUUUGAAAGGUCAGAAUUUUGAUAGUUUGAAUACAAGUAUUUCGCUUCAACAAGUACUUAUAAACAGUACAGUAUUUUCAGUAUUGUGCUUUGCAUUUAUGAUCUGUCUAAAAAUUUACCACAAAAGCAGAAUGUUUAAAACUUCAUUUUUAAUCAGUGGAACUCAAUAUAUGGUUAGCUUUAUUGAUGUCUUUCUUAUCUAAACCCAGUAAAGUAGAUUCUAAACAAACAGUCCAAUCAGUGGCUCUUACUACAUUUAUUGAACAUAUUUUAUUCUUUAUAUGGGAUCUACAUAUAUAUACACAUGUAUUUUAUUUGGAAUGAUAAUUAGGAUAACUCAAAUUCUGGGCCUAAUUUUUUUUAAGAAUCCAAGACAAACUAGUAGGUACAUAAGCUUCUUAUUUAACAUUCUCCUUUUUUCUUUUAAAUUUUUUCCUUACAAUGCUAAAUUCAAUGGCUGUAUCUUAAAUUGUGCAAAAUACUCGUAUUAAAGAAUGCUGAAAUUUUUUUAUGACUUAAAAGUUAAUCAGUAUCUGAAAGGAAUUGUUUUUAUAAAAACAUUAAAAAUAUAAUUUAUUAUAAGUAAAUUUGCAUUUUCUUAGGCUAUUAUAUUUCCUUUUGUAAAGUAGCAUGUAUCCCAAAGAGUUAAAGUGUAGGUAAUUUUGGCAUUUCUAAACCAUAAAGGAAGUUUUAUAAGUGUAUCCAAGAAUAUACUAGUCAAACUUAAUAGUCUCUAGAUUAGCUGGUUUCUUUAUUGGACAUCGUGACAGACAACUAGAGCAUCAGAGCUGCUGUUGUAUCCACAGGCUUGCUUUUCUAAUCUGUAUUCCAUCCUUCCAAGAAGUUUGCUCCUAGAACUGGUGGCAUGAGCAGUUUGAGGGCUAAGCCUUGGAGGGUAGCAGUGUGAUAAUACCUUCUAAGGGAAAAAGUUGUAUUGUCAUCAUUUGACUUGCCAUGGAUGAAUCUAAAGUGCCUUCCUGGUCUUUCUUCUAGAUUGACUUCCUCCCUAAAAUGUGGAGAUCCCACUUACCUUAACCUGAUGUAAACUACCAUGGGCUGUGCCACCCGUGCCCAUUAUGGUCUAUAAUUCUUAAUAUUCAUUCUGGAUCUGAAAGACGGGAUCUUUUAAGGGUUCCCCAAGAAGGUUUUAUACACCUCAGAAAGUGCCCUGAAAUUUGUCUUUUUAAAAGUUCUCUGCCAGUUUUUUUGAGGGGAGGAGGCUAUCAUAUUCUUACAUGUAUUAUUCUGUGAUUAAAUCUCCAGCUUACUAUAAAUGAUACCUAAAUUCCAAGGAGCCAAUUCUUUUUGUUCCAAUAUGACCUUAAUGAAAAGUAAGGAAACAAACUUUUAUCUGUAUAUUUUGUUGAAGUGAGAUUUUAAAAGUGUAAAGUAGAAAAAAAGAGACCUUUCAAUAUGGAAGAUUAAUUUUAAACUUAAAAUAAGUUCCUGUUGUUGCUAAUACUGACUUUGCAUAAAUGAAUAAACAGACUUUUUUCAAAAGUA